UCCUGCUGCCAUGUUGGAUUGAAGGAUCGUUAUUGCUUUAGGAGUUCGGAAUGAAAGUUUAUAUUAUGCAGUCUGUCAAAAGUGAGCGAAUUAAAGAAUAAAUAACCCACAGGAGUACGCGAGUCGCGUCCGCACCCCCAGCGCAUUGAGGACCACACUGCGUCGGCUCUGCUUGCGUGCGGAAUUCCUUACGGGAUGAACGGAGCGCAGGCCAUGUUGAUCUGUGAUUGCACAUGAAAUAAUCUAAUACGAGACAAACGCUCAAGUUCAUCCGCCUCAUCCGUCGACAUGAGCGGCCACCCGCCCCAGAGGAGGGUGGCAAACGUGGGCUCUAUGCUUCUGACCCCGCAGGAGAACGAGUGUCUGUUCAACUACCUGGGCAGGAAAUGCAUCACAUUGUGCUCAGCGGUGGUCCAGGUGUACGGAGCGGACAGGGGCUCGUCCUGGAUCAAGAGGUGCUGUGGUGUGGCCUGUUUGGUGAAAGACAACCCUCAGAGGUCUUAUUUUAUCCGUGUCUUCGAUAUCAAGGACGGAAAAACAAGAUUUGAGCAGGAGCUUUAUAAUAAUUUCGCCAUCAGUAGUUCGAGAGCCUACUUCGUUACUUUCGCCGGAGAUUCUUGUCAGAUGGGCCUCAACUUUGCCAGUGAAGAGGAAGCCAAACGAUUUCGGAGCGCACUCAACGAACUGCUCAACAGACGACAGAGGAAAACUGGUAAAUGUGCUGCGCCCCCUAACUUGAAUUUGACCGUUUCAGGACCCUCAGGACCUUCGGGACCAACACUUCCAAUGGCGACGGUGGACAUCAAGAACCCCGAAAUCAACAACCAGCGUUAUCAAAACAACACUCAAAUGAACAACAUUAAUCUCCACAGCAACUUCAACAGAAAAGACAAAAGCAAAGGCAAGAACAAGAAGAAGAAAAUAUCCAAAGCUGAGAUCGGCACCCCGAGCAAUUUCCGGCAUGUAGGCCAUGUCGGCUGGGAUCCCAACACAGGCUUUGACUUGAAUAAUCUGGACCCGGAGCUCAAGAACCUGUUUGACAUGUGUGGCAUUUCCGAGGCCCAGCUCAAAGACAAAGAGACGUCUAAAGACAUCUACGAAUUCAUUGAGCAGAGAGGAGGAGUAGAGGCCGUCAAAAAUGAGUUACGAAGACAAGCACCUCCACCUCCACCAUCCAGAGGAGGGCCUCCUCCUCCACCUCCUCAUAACUCUGGUCCUCCUCCCCCACCUCCCUCCAGAGGCCGAGGAGCACCGCCUCCACCGCCUCCAUCCAGAGUGCCCACCUCCGCUCCUCCUCCACCUCCUCCCCCCUCCCGACCAGGUAUGGGCGCACCUCCACCUCCUCCCCCCAGCAGAGGUCCCGGGGCGGCUCCUCCUCCACCUCCUCCACCCCAGCCUGCCUCCCUGUCUCCUCUGGCUCCUCCACCUCCUCUUCCUUCUUCAGUGGGCGGAGCACCUCCUCCACCGCCGCCGCCGCCUCCAGGACCCCCUCCUCCCGCACCUCCUCCUCUACCGGACGGGGAUUUAGGAGAAGCACCGGGGGGUAAAUCUGCACUCCUGAACCAAAUUCGAGAAGGAGCACAGCUGAAGAAAGUGGACCAAAACAACAAGCCGCCCGUGUCCGGAGGCGGCCGUGACGCACUCUUAGACCAAAUACGACAGGGCAUUCAGCUUAAAAAUGUAACGGACGCUACGGACUCCACUCCCUCCACCCCUGCCCCUUCCGCUGGGAUCGUGGGGGCGCUGAUGGAGGUCAUGCAGAAGAGGAGCAAAGCGAUCCACUCUUCAGAUGAAGACGAUGACGAUGACGAUGUAGAAGACUUUGAGGAUGAAGAUGAGUGGGAUGACUGAUGACCAGGGCUGCCCAAAAGAAUAAGACACUACAUUGCUCUUGACAUUCGAAAUCUUAUAAAUUGUAAUGUAAAUGGACGA